UCACGGAUGAGGGAAAAGACGGUAAACGAAGAUGAGGUGCAAGGCAGCGGACAUGUUGGACCUGCUCCUUUUCAUUUUCCUCACGCUGAUUGGUCAGUCCGCGCACACGCGCGUGCACGUGGGAGUUACGCAGUGUGGGAUCGUACGUGAGCGCGCACCCACGCCGACGAAUGAACGUUGUAUGAUGAAAGAGCCAUGAACGCGUCGCUCGAGUGUUCACAGAAUUGAGGCCACGUGCUUUUCCUUCGGCGAUUCCUCACCACUGCCGCGUUCGAGCGCUUCACAGAAAUGCGCCUUUGCCACAAAAGUGACGUGCAUGAAAUUUCACAAAGCAACAUGGCACGCUGCCGUCAGAUCAUUCAAUGGCCUCGCUUGAGAGGCGAUCGGGCAUUUAUCCGCCCAUGCCUUUCAAAGUAGAGUACGGGAUUUAUAAAACUGGGCGCUCUGGGAUGACUACAUUGGAAGAUCAGCCCGCUGUCGUCUUUGCCUUUCACACGACAGCCGAAAGCAGCGGAGGCGACAUAUUUCUGUCAUUCGAUGUCAUUUCACACAGUGACACAGCAUCACGUCACCUGAGAACCGGAUGGCGUCAGCAUGUGGUGUGUCCUAACUAAAUACAAGGACUGUAAUGUUUUAGCCUUUGUUUUUUCUACGCAGAACCCAGAAAGGGCGUGAGUGUUGUGACCGUGCAUUUUCACACAGAAUGCAGUCAAGGCGGGAUGUUUUCACAACUGGGUACACUCUUGUGCAAAGCACAGCAUCUUGCCAUCAGAAAAUUGGGUGAUGUCUCAUCUGGUGUGACCGUAACGCCUGACAAACUGUUUUCUUUUUUUUUCCCCCCCAGUCUUGUUCUUUCACACAGAACCCCCCGUCUAGGCGGGAUUUUGCCAAUUUCACACAGUGACACAACAUCAUGCCAUCAUUAGAUCGGUUGAUGAACUCACAUCAGUGUCUGAUGUGACCGUAAAACAAGAGCAUGAUUUUAUUUUUGUUUGUUUUGCGUUUCACACAGAGGAGAGUAAGGACCGGAUAUUUCUAAACGUGUGUGGUGAGACUGCAACGGAAGAAUUGAUCUUUCUCAGCCUUUCACACAGAAUCCCGAUAUUUCCGCAACUUGUGUUUCCUUUCACAUACUGCGGCAACGCUCACCUAAUCAGCAACCGACUCUUGUGACGUAUGCAACGUCGCUGACCGUUGCUUUCAACACAACUGGGCAGGAUGACAGUCGUGGUGAAAAUUUACACAAACAGACCUGUGACAUUGUUGACCGGCAACAAAUUUGUGAGCGUGAGACUUGGCGCAGGUCCGACACUGAAGUUUUAUUUUUUUUUUAAUCUGUCAUUCAGCAUGUCCGCUCUCUGAUUCCUUGACGGCGAAGUCCCGAAACCGGGACCGGAUGAAGGAACCGGCGGCGGGAGGCGAUGGCGACGCUUCCUGGGAGGAGGCCUCGGGUUCGCCGGGACCAGUCGGGAUGACGUACGCUGCGCCGGAGCUGGAGGCCAUGAUUGGCUACUCUCCUCCCUCCGCAUCCCAAGACCUCCCCCCGCAGAGGGGGGCUCACCAGCUUUCGGAGGCGGCGCCCGACGAAGGCGGCCACUUCAGCGGUUUUGGCCUUCCCUCUUCCGAGCCGGCGACGACGACGACAGGCACGGCGUCUUCUGACAUCGCCACGGCGACGGCGGCCCCCGAGUCCGGCACGGGCACCGACUUUGGACUGGUGGGGCUCAAAGAGCCGACCCACAACGCCACCGGCGUGCCGCCUUGGCGGCCCGAAGAGGAGGAAACCGGGCCGACGCCCACCUCGGAUAUUUCGCCCAAUGGGGACUUAGCUGAGACCAACUGGGAUUGGAUGACCACGCCCCCUCAGAAGCCACACGUGGUGUGCGUGGACUGGACGCAGCCGAGUGGACAGGGCUACGUCCUCCUCAACAUGAUGCGCAACCUCAAAUGCGAGGAGUUCCGCGGCGACGGCGGCGUGCUCCUGACGAAGACGAUGGAGCGGCGCAUGAACACCACCGAGGGAUCGUGGGUAAUUUACCUGAGCAAGCCCAGCCACCAACAGCGACAGAUGCUGAUGCACGUGGCGUCUCAAGACGGCGUCAUGGCCACCAAGGACCUGCUAAGUCUGCUGGGAGAAAUGCGGCCAAGUUUACACAGGGUUGGCAUCCGAGAAUACGGCGCGCCGCCUACGUGCCAGCCCCGCCGCGGCGCGUCCCGGCGCAGCGACUACAGCAAACUGUUUGUUGUCCUGUUGGUCAUCGGCGCCAUCUGCCUGGUCAUCAUCUCGUCAGGCUUCAUCUACAUCUGCUGGCAGAGGCGCCCGCCUUCCACCAAGACCACCUUCCACGCCGAGGAGCUUCGCUUUGUGGAGAACGGUUGCCAUGACAACCCCACCCUGGACGUGGCGGGGGACAACCAGCCCGAUGCCGGGCCCGAAGGCCGCCGAGAAGAACAAGAACAGAAGAAGCAGAAGCCCAGCUCCAAUGGACUGGUGGCGGGAGCCGAGGGCGACUGUGUGGUGGAGAACCCUCGCUGGCAGGUGUUUGUCAAUCAGGGAGCAGCCGAGGAAGAGGAAGAGGAAGAGGACACACACCUCUGAUGGAGGACGAGGAAGACGAUGGAGGGAGGUCGCCCACCCGCGUCGUCGCCGACAGGGCUCGCUAGCCAUGCUAGCCAGUAGCCGCCCUAGCUGUUAGCCCGUGAUUGGUAUUCAUCGCUAACAUGAAACAAAAAACAAAGCACUUCAACGCUACGAGUUUGGAAAUACUGCAGAACCCUUUCACUACUGUCGGCUGCCUGCUUGGCAAUCUUGGCAUUUUUUAGCAAUGCUAAGGCUAAUGAUAGCGCAAGUUAGCUAGCGCUAUCACUCACUCCGAGUGCCAGAUUGUGAAAGCGUCGCUUGUCAACGUGUCGAGUUUCGCAACUCUCAUUUUUGGAUGUGAACGUCAGCUCAUUCUUUUUAUCGGGCCACUUGCAGUUUUUGAAGGCAGAAUUUUAUUUAAUUUUUUUCCUGACGUGUACAUACAGACGCAAUUAGCCUGCUGUGCUUUUCUUGGUGCUGUUCAAUUA